AUGAAGUCAGCUGUCUCUGUUCCAGAGGAACAAGAAGGGCCCACUGAAGAAGCAGCCAGAGCCCCCGUGGAAAGCCAGGAGCAAGCUGUGCUUCUGUGCACCGUCUUGGGGCUGCUGCUGGUCGCGGCCUGGGAGAAGUGUGGCCUGGGGAGAGCUCUGGUUGGAACUCACAGAGGUUUCAGGCAGAGAGGGAAGGGGAUUGCCGCUUCGUUCCGGCGGCGCGCUCAGGGCGGGUCUUUGACUGACAGUCAACUUCGGGGGCGGGACGGAGUUGCAGAGCGGUCCAAUCAGGAGCGCCGGCGGGAGGUGGGUCCGCUCCGAACCGCGGGACCUUCCGUUCUGGCUCCGCCAUCUUUGAGACUCUGUGGGCUCCCGAGGUUGCUCUUCCUGUUUGGCCUUGUGACCUCCUUUGACUUCGGCAGCCGUGAGGCGGACAGCAGGACACCCAGAAGCAAGGAGAUGGAGUUGGUGACCUUUGAGGAUGUGGCAGUGAACUUCACCGUGGAUGAGUGGGCUUUGCUGGAUCCCUCCCAGAAGAAGCUCUACCAAGAUGUGAUGCAGGAAACCUUCAGGUGUCUGGCCUCUCUAGGAAAAGAAAGAGACAGCCAGACCAAUGAAGAUGCAUACAAAAAUCCUGGGAAAAAUCUAAGAAGUCAAGUAUUAGGGACACCCUGUGAAGGUAGUGAACAUGGAGACAUCUUCAGCCAAACUCCACAUUAUAUUGAGAACAAUACAACUCUUCCUGGCGCAAAACCAGGUGAAAGCUUUGUGUGUGGAGAAGUCCUCAUUGACGAUUCAUCACCAAAUGUGCUUUUCAGAUCUCAAACUGGACAUAAACCAUAUGAAUAUCAGCAAUAUGAGAAGUCUGUUGUUUAUUACCAGUGCUUGCAGGAGCAUGGAAAGACUCAAAUGGGAGUGGAACAACAUGAACAUAAGCAAUGUGGGACAAUCUUAACUUGUCCUGGUUCCCUUCCAAUACAUGAAAGGAUUGACACUGGAGAGAAACCAUAUAUAUGUACACCGUGUGGUAUAGCCUUCAAUAAUCACAGUACUCUUCGAUACCAUGAAAGGGUUCACAGUGGCAGAAAACCCUAUGGAUGUCAGCAAUGUGGUAAAACCUUUAGUUGUUUCAGUAGUUUGGGAAGACAUGAGCAAAAUCACAAUGGAAAGAAACCCCAUGGGUGUAAGCAAUGUGAAAAAGCCUUCUUUUCUUUGAGUCACCUGCGAAGACAUGAACAAACUCACAAUGGACAGAAACCUUAUGUAUGUGAGCAGUGUGGGAAAGCCUUUCAUUUUCCCUGUUCCCUCAGAAAACAUGGAAGAACUCACACUGGAGAAAAACCCUAUGUAUGUAUAGAUUGUGGGAAAGCCUUCAGUGACUCUAGUUCCUUUUAUAGACAUAAAAGAACUCACACUGGAGAGAAACCCUAUGUAUGUGAACCAUGUGGAAAAGCAUUCAGUUGUUUCAGUACCCUUAAAGUACAUGAAAGAAGUCACACUGGAGAGAAGCCCUAUGUAUGUGAACAGUGUGGAAAAUCACUCAGUUGUCUCAGUUCCCUUAAAUUACAUGAAACAAUUCAUACUGGACAGAAGCCCUAUGUAUGUAAGCAGUGUGGGAAAGCCUUUAGUUAUUCGAGUUCCUUUCGAACCCAUGGAAGAACUCACAACGGAGAGAAACCAUAUGUAUGUAUGCAUUGUGGUAGAGCCUUUAGUUAUUCUUUUUCCCUUAAAUAUCAUGAAAAAACUCAUACUAGAGAGAAGCCCUCUGUAUGCAAGGAGUUUGGAAGAACCUUUAGUUCUUUCUGUUACAUUAAAAUAUGUGAAGGCAUACACAAUGGAGAAAAAUCCUAUAUAUGUAAGGAAUGUGGAAAAGCAUUCAGUCAAACCAGUCAUAUCAUCAGACAUCAAAGAACUCACACUGGAGAGAAACCCUAUGUUUGUAAGCAGUGUGGAAAAGCUUUCAGUGACUCUAGUUCCUGUCACAGGCAUAAAAGAACUCAUACUGGAGAGAAACCUUAUAUAUGUGAACAAUGUGGAAAAGCAUUCACUUGUUUCAGUUCCCUUAAAUUACAUGAAAGAAUUCACACUGGAGAAAAACCAUAUGCCUGUGAACAAUGUGGAAAAGCAUUCAGUUGUUUCAGUUCCCUUAAAUUACACGAAAGAACUCACACUGGAGAAAAACCCUAUGUAUGUCAGCAAUGUGGAAAAUCCUUUGGUUAUUCUGGUUCCUUUCGAGACCAUGCAAAAAUUCACAGUGGGCUAAAACCCUAUGUCUGUAAACAGUGUGGGAAAGCUUUUAGUUACUCUAGUUCCUUUCGAAAACAUGAAAGAACUCACACUGGAGAGAAGCCCUAUGUUUGCAUGCAAUGUGGGAAAGCCUUUAGUUCUUCCUUUUCCCUUCAAAAUCAUGAAAGAACUCACACUAGAGAGAAAUCUGCUAUACGCAAGGAGUAUAGAAAAGCCUUUAGUUCUUCCCGUUACAUUAAAAGACGUGAAAGAACUCAUACUGGAGAGAAACCCUAUAUAUGCAAGGAGUGUGGAAAAGCAUUCAGUCGAUCCAGUCACGUUCUCAGACAUCAAAGAACUCACACUGGAGAGAAACCCUAUGUAUGUAAGCAAUGUGGAAAAGCCUUUAGUUCUUCUAGUUAUAUUAAAAUACAUGAAAAAACACAUACUGGAGAAAAAUCCCAUGUAUACAAGCAGUGUGGGAAAGCUUUCGUUCAGUCCAACUAUGUUCUCAUAGAUGAAAGAACUCAAGGGAAAGUAGCCCUGACCAAAGACUGUGGUAAGACUUCUUUCUUAAACUUUCUGUCAAAUGUGAACAGUGGAGAGAACUUGUAUUAAUGUUAAGUAUGUGGGGAUGCCCGCAGUCAUUUUGUUCAGUAUAUACAUAUAAAUGAACAUAGAAGAGAUGUGCAAAAGCCUUCAGUUGACCCAUGUGUAAGUAUUUGCACUGAACAAAAAGGCUGUGAAUGUGAAAAAUACAAGAAAGUUGUCAUUUAACAGAAAAAGUUUCACUGUCCUCUAAAAAGGCCUCUGGACUGGAAUUCUAAAGGUGUGAUUACUGUGAAGACCUUGAUGCAAAAUAAUUUUGAGUAGAAUGCUUCAGAAAAUGCACCACCUGAAGGAAAUGUACUUGUCAUGAAUUGAUUGUGCUCAUCAGUGGUUUUUUGGGGAGAGGGGAGCAUCUUGUCUUUUACAUGUAGUGUUUAUUUUUCCAAAUGAAUGCAAGCUGUGAAGGGCAUGGACAUAUUUUAUAAAUAUUUCUGCCACCCUCAGUUCCAAAGCCUCAGGGGAGUGCUUGCUUUUGGAGGGAUAAAAGAACCAGCCCUGGGACUCCAGUCUGAGUCAUCUCUGCCUCUGAUGACUGCAGGACCCAAUAAUUCUAUUAACUUCCUUGGGCCUCACAUGAAAUAGAAGUGAGGUUUUGUUUCACCAAACUCUUAAACAACAGGAUGGAUAAGAAAAAGCUUUUGUGAGGCAGGAUGCAAACAUAAAGGAAUUGAUAUUGUUCUCUUUCAUCAGGCAGAAGUGGUGAUACACAGAAUUGGAAUGCUCUCAGUGGAAAAUGAGUGACACAGGAAUUUAGAUACUUCAAGUAGACAUUGAGACUUCAACCAAAGAGAUUCAAGUUUAGAAUAUAUCCUGAAUUUCUGAUUUUGUUUUAGUAGUCUGCCCACCUAGGCUUGGCUCCAUUUUGGCCUGAUGUAAAUUCUUUUAAAAAUCUUUGGUUUGAUUUGUUAGUGAGUAAAGCAUUCUGAUUUGAACCAUAAUUAAACCUAAGGACUCUGUACCCAGAGUCUGUCCCCCCUUAGGAGGGUGGACUUCUACAAGGACCUGCUGAGGACUGGGUAGAAGAGGUCUGCAUCCUGAGUGUCAGUUACCACAAGGUUGAAGUCUCCCUUGGCCCAGGUGAUGAGGGUCAGCAAAAUGUGAGGCUCCUGAACUACUACUUAUUAUUUUAGCUUUAGCUUGGGCCCACACUGACUUGGGUAAAGUUCCUGCUGUCGACUGCAGGAAAGAUGCUGCAAAUGGAGAUGGUUGCAGUAACAAACCAGUCUGCCAUUUCCACUGACUACAGAUCUCUGCUUAGGGUGGCUCCAUUAGGUUGGCUCCACUGAGGUGUUUCUGCCUGGCUUGGAUUGUGGGACUAGCAUGGGGGAGCCAUGGCUGAGUUCUGGGGAGUGACCAGUACCAUGCUGUUGUGGUUCUUUUCUAGUGUGAAUGUCUUAGGGAUCUGGCAGGUUGAGAACAGAGUGGCCAGAACAUCCAGAUCAUCCACUAGGAGAUCCUUACUAUCCCAACACAGGGCACUGCUGGACAUGGUGAAGGUGUAUUCAUCCUCAUUAUCCUGGCAUCUGUGGGACUGCCUUUGGUGUGAUCCUGGAAGGCCAGAAUCCGGUGCGAUCAUAGCUGCCAUCUCUACACUCUUGUACCAUUGUGGUAAGAGGAAGCUGCAAAAUCCUCAGUUUUGACACAGACCCCACUGGCACAGUGCCCGCUGCCAUGGGAAACCUGUAUGGCCAUGUUGUUCCUCUUGAAGAACGAGGUCCUGGAGCCCUGAGAGAAACUGACACUCCUGCAAUUUCUUCUCUCCAGCUCCUGCACUGGUGCAAGUGGAGAGCCUUCUGUGGCACUAUGCCUCUAGCUGAGCUGUGCAUCCUUCCACAUGAGGAUUGGAUGUGAACAAAGUGGGUUAAUUGCAGUGUGAUGAGGCAGAGCAUUUUCUGUCUUGAAGGAGAUGGUAAUUGGAGCUGCUAAGCCCAGCUGAAGAAGAGUAGGCGGUUCUGAGUGACCUGAGUAAAUGUUUCUCAGGGAGUUAAGUACCUUAGGUACUUUUUAGACAGUGAUUUCUUCAGACAUCUGAGAACAUCACAUGGAUGGGGUUCAUCUUCCAUUGGUGAACAUAUGGCUUGCGGGCAGGAGCCUAGGCCAGGAGGUUGUCUCCUGUUUCACGAGCAUGUGCUUUCCCAGUCCAAGCCCUGACAGCCCGCCUAACCCAGGCUACACUCUCACACACAGUCCUUAACUCCCAGGCUGCUGCAAAAAAUGCCCAUCUUUGGAAACCCCAGGCAAAUUGGGAAGACCACAGAAGGCCCUGGCCAUCCCCAGUGUGGUGCAGGUGAAAGGAAAGGGCUCCAGUGGCUCGUUCUUAAUGUAUCUCCACCCUGUGUGUGUCUAAUUUUUACUCAUGAAAGUAUAAAGUUGUGGUGACAUACUUUGUUUUGUUAGGCAGUGGUGGAUGAAUUUAAAUUCAAACCAGGUAAUGGGGUUUUUCUCCUUUUAUUUUGAAUCAUGUUGGACUCAUAGGCAAAUUGAAGUAUAUUUCUAAUGUCAGAGGACUUAAUUUUUAUGUAAUUAUUUUUUUCGCUUUUUGAUGGACCUUUAUUUAU